UUGAACCGCCCUCACUUCUUAUAAAUACCCUUCACCGCAUCAACGUUCUCUUCAUCCAAAUCGUGAGUAUUAAGUUGUUAACUCAUUAUUCAAAAAUGUUGAGAAAGUCGGUUGUCUUUUCCACAUUUGUUCUUAUCCUCUUCGUUCUAGCUAUCUCAGAUAUCACGAGUGUGAGAGGAGAACUAUGCGAGAAACCUAGCAAGACAUGGUCGGGUAACUGUGGCAACACCGGACACUGUGAUGGCCAGUGCAAAUCUUGGGAGGGUGGAGCCCAUGGAGCAUGUCACGUGCGUGGAGGGAAACACAUGUGCUUCUGCUACUUUAAUUGUCCUAAAGCUGAAAAGCUUGCCCAAGACAAACUCAAAGCCAAAGAGCUCGCCCAAGACAAACUCAAAGCUAAAAAGCUAGACCGGCCAUGAGGACAAGAAAGUAGUACCAAAUGUGGACCAUCCAUGUAACGAUGGCAAUUAGUUUCUUUAAAUAGAAAGUUUCCUUAUGAUACCAAUAAUAAUAUAAAGUGCUUGCUUAACAUCACAUUAUGAACUUCUUUAAAGAAGCAUGAGGUGAUGAAGGGUGCACUUUUUUCGUAGUGACAUAUGUAAUAAGUUGAUAACUUAUGCUUCCCAUGCAUAAGAAGUUUCACUUAUGCUAUUAGUAAAGGUCUAUUUUGAAAUUUCACAA